UUUGAAAACUAUAAGUGGAAUUUAAGAAAGUAUAAAGGUUCUAGGAUUUCUCUGUAACCGUUUCUCGUGCAACUGCACAAAUUCGUAUUUAGUUUAAUAACCGAACUUGUUCCAGAGAUACAAAUGCUUGUUGGCGGCACAAGUUUUAUGGACAGCUUGGACAGAGCCGGUUUGAAGGUGGAUUUGAGUGAUCGUGUAGUACUGUAGUAUGGGUGAAGUGGUAAUUAUUAGAGAGCAGGCUGUACUGGGAGUUGCUGUGUAUUAUUUUAUUUGGUCAUAAAAAGCAAAUGACAGACUGAGUGGAGGUGAAACAUCAACACACACUAUUUCCAGUUGGAGUUACCAGUGAGGCACUGCAAGACAUCCAGUUACAAUAAGAGAUCGUGAGGUAUGAGUUCAAGCGUGUGCUACCGCUGCAAUCGGGCAGGACAUUUUGCUCGUGAUUGCCCAGAAGGUGGAUCCGGUGGUGGAGGAUAUGAGCGCCGUGGAUCCAGCAAUCAACAGAAAUGCUACAAAUGCAACCGGUUUGGCCAUUUUGCUCGUGAGUGCAAGGAGGAGCAGGACCGCUGCUACCGGUGCAAUGGUGUUGGUCACAUUGCCCGUGAUUGCCAGCAGAGUCCCAGUGAACCAUCUUGCUACAACUGCAAUAAAACUGGGCAUAUUGCACGUGAGUGCCCAGAUUCUGCUUCAUCUGGCCCCUCUUGUUACAACUGCAGUAAAACUGGGCAUAUUGCCCGUGACUGUCCUACUGGUGGCAGUAAGGCUUGUUAUAAGUGUGGGAAAACAGGUCACAUAAGCCGUGACUGUGACCAAGAUACAAACUAGAGCUACCUCUAAUUUGCAUUAUUCUGAAUUUUCUUUGCACUCAGAUUUACAGCAGUUGAAUUUUUCAGAGGUAAUAAUAAACGAUUUGUCAUAUGGUCCAGCCAUCGGCUUAGUAGGGUAGAAUUUGUCAAGACUGGCCCAUUUUGAAUGAAGCAUUUUAUGUUCUUGUAGUGGAGUAAGUGCCUUGGGGUGCAGUCAGUUUUCUCCAUUGCAAGUUAGUUUUGAUGUUGUAGAAAAUCUACAUAAGCAGGCGAACCAAGUUAAAGAUUUUAAAGCUAAAAGUUAAAGCCUAUUUGGUGCACUGAUGUCAUUGAUGUGAAAUAAGUAUAUUGUCAGUUGUCUGCAGCUAGGAAUAGCUGUUAAAAAGUCAGCACUCUUUCAUCAAAAUUUUACUUUUACUCCUAUUUCUACAUUAUAUAGACAAAAAGGCAGGAAAAAUGCUUUGAGUUAGUGGCAGAGGCUAGUUUUGUAUUUGGAUGUUAACAAACCUGUCUGGUGAUGCCUUCUAAGGAGAGUGAGUGGCAAACAAUUGGAAAAACAGAAAUUAUUGUCUAUUGCUUUUAUUUUCCAUGUUACUUGUGUGACAGUCUUAAAGCUUGUCUAAAUCAUUACUCAGUGAAUAGGAAAGAAAUAAUACAAAUUGUUUAAAUAUUAUUCUCUUGGAAGAGAGUUUUGUCUCCAUGUGAUGUUAAUAAAGAGCUUCACAGCAAAA